GGCUGGGAGAGUGGAGGCUCUCGCCUCUGUCUAAGGGCCUUAGCCAUAUCUGGAAGGAAAUGAGGACCAGAGGAGGGCCCGUGUCCCUCUUAUUAGCCAUAGGGUUGGGGCAGGGCAGGUCCUGAGACCCUAGACAGGGUGAGUACCCCUCUUUCAUCAUCUGCGAGAGAAACCUGCCUUCUUGCAGCCCCGGGGCCACUCCUAGCCCUUCCUGUGCUCCAAAAUCUCCUCUUCUCCUUCCUGCCCCUGUCUCCUGCAUAGACAGCUGCUGCAGCAUGAACUCCCUGAGCUGAUGAGUCUUAUUAUAGCCCAGCGGGCGGAAGACAGAGCACUGCACCUCACCUCUCAGGCAAAGGUGGAGGGGAAGCAGGAGGCCAUCCGGCAGCAAGAGCGAGGCCCAGGCUGCACACCUGACUCAGCAGCAGACUCUGCCUCCUCGGGGGCCAUGGACUGACAGCACACACUGAGAGGCUCCUCUCUCCCCAGAGGUUCAGGGCCUUGAGAGCUGUGGCAUUCACCAUGCUGGCCCGGGGCAGUGGCCCCGAGCAAAGGACCAGGCUUGCCGUGCUGUGGAGGCAGAUUUACUGGAUCACCUGCUGGAUCACCCUGUAUGCUGUGGAGGCCCUCCCCGCCUGCCCCUUCUCCUGUAAGUGUGACAGCCGCAGCCUGGAGGUGGACUGCAGUGGCUUAGGCCUCACCAUGGUGCCCCCGGACUUGCCCGCUGCCACCCGAACCCUCUUACUCUUGAACAAUAAGCUGAGUGCCCUGCCUAGCUGGGCAUUCGCCAAUCUGUCCAGCCUGCAGCGGCUGGACCUAUCCAACAACUUCCUGGACCAGCUGCCCCGUUCCAUUUUCCGGGACCUGACGAAUCUUACCGAGCUGCAGCUGCGCAAUAACAGCAUCAGGACCCUGGACAGGGACCUGCUGCAGCACUCGCCCCUGCUUCGCCACCUGGACCUGUCCAUCAACGGCCUGGCCCAGCUGCCCCCUGGCCUUUUCGAUGGACUCCCGGCUCUGCGCUCCCUAUCACUUCGCUCCAACCGUCUGCAGAACCUGGACCGGCUGACGUUUGAACCCCUCGCAAGCCUGCAGCUGCUGCAGGUUGGGGACAAUCCCUGGGAAUGCGACUGUAACCUACGUGAUUUCAAGCACUGGAUGGAGUGGUUUUCCUACCGAGGGGGGCGCCUGGACCAGCUUGCCUGCACCCUACCUAAGGAGCUGAGGGGGAAGGACAUGCGUGUGGUCCCCAUGGAGAUGUUCAACUACUGCUCCCAGCUGGAGGAUGAGAAUAGCUCAGCUGGGCUGGAUAUUCCUGGGCCACCCUGUACCAAGGCAAGCCCUGAACCUGCUAAACCCAAGCCAGGGGCUGAGCCUGAGCCCGAGCCCAGCACUGCUUGCCCCCAGAAGCAGAGGUAUCGGCCAGUGAGCGUGAGGCGGGCCAUCGGCACGGUGAUCAUCGCGGGGGUUGUCUGUGGCAUUGUCUGCAUCAUGAUGGUGGUGGCUGCUGCCUAUGGCUGCAUCUAUGCCUCCCUUAUGGCCAAGUACCACCGGGAGCUCAAGAAGAGGCAGCCCCUAAUGGGGGACCCGGAGGGUGAGCAUGAAGACCAGAAGCAGAUCUCUUCUGUGGCGUGAGAGCCCAGCCCCACUUGGCCUAGCAAACAAGCCACAGUGCGGCUGUCUCCAUGAACUUCCAAGUCUCUGCGGAAGCCACCCUUGUGCUAAAGGCUCCUGCUCAUGCUCCUUUCUGAGCCACCAAGUCUCUGGAACACCUGGGGGAUCUUCCUAAGCUUCUGGCCAUAGGGAAGAAAGGAUAUGUGUGCAAGUGGAGGCUUCUGGACUCAGUGUUCCCCUGUUGCCCUUCCUGCCCUGGCUGUAGACUGGGUGACUCUCCCUACCUCCUGCUCAUAGCACCUCAUCUGCAUUAAGGGUGGGGAGGAAGUGAUAGGGGGGCCAAGGGUCAACUUCUGUGACCCUCUUCUAAGCCAGGAAUAUAUUUUCAGCUGCCCUUAGUGUCGGAGUUGGGUCCAGCUUUCAACUGCUAGUACUAAUGUACAAUCACACCAGCCAUGGCAUCUGGACCCAGCUCUAAGAAACAUGAUUAUAACACACCCCCUCUGCUGAAGCCAUUAGGUCUCUCUAUCUGCUAUAGGCCACACUGACUGCAUUGCUCCUGGAUUCACUUAUCCACUCUCACACACACUCAGCAUCACCAGCGCAAUUAUAUCUAUUGGAAAUCUCUCUUUCUUGGUCUCUGUCUUGUCUGUCUGUCUCUCUCUCCCUCUUUCUCUCUCUCUCUCUCUCUCACACACACACACACACACACACACACAGAAUCACAUGGACACAGGUCAUGAGAACUUGGGCAGUAGAGACAUGUUUCCCCCUUGGGUCUCUAGCCCUCAGGCCACAGAACCUUUUGCUUGCUCACCGCAAUCUUCUCAAGUCAACAGGGGGAGAAGCACACACUGACAACACAAGGCUUCCUUUGAGAUCCUCUGAAGUGGGCCAAAGUGGUGCUGCUGGAUGAGACUGCCUGUCACCAUGGUAACCCUCUCACACCUCUCCUGCUGGGUUUUCCAGGGACACCGGCCCAGAGGCCUUGAAGCUACAGCAUGUGUGGAUGGCAGCCUCCCGGGAGCCCAGGCACAUACACCACUGGGCAUUUCUUCAGCGCUAAGGACAUCAUCACUGCCAGGCCCCAUGGGGACACCCACCAGUUCCACUCCUAUAGCCUGCAGCCCAAGAACCAUUGCUCUGUACCCCUCACCCCUCCAUCUUAAGCAGCUCCAGGCCUGGGACCUUGGGGCAGGGACUGGGUCAUGAUUGGUGGCAUCUUGGGAAAGCAGGUGGCCCUCACCAAAGCUCACUGCCUGCCAGCAUAUUCCAAGCAGACCCCAGGGGCAGAGAGAGGGCUGCCACAUUCUGCUCAGAGGCCUCAGUUGUGGGGUCCCUUUCCCAGGGUUUUAUGUGCCCAGUCUGGCUUUCUGGAGGUUUUAAUUGCACCUGGACUGGGCUCCAAACAAGAGCUUGGGCCAGGGGGCCUGUUUGUUACUAGUAUCCUACACAAAAGGGGUGGCAGGUGAGAAGAUGGCUGUAUGGGGUUUGGGGGUCACUGGUCCCCUCUUGUAGGUCUGUGCCCUCCUGCAAGUCUGAUCUCAGAUGAGUACUAGGUCUCCCUCUGCUGGACACAAGUUUUCCAAGGCUUUUGGAGGGUCGGGAGGCAUCAGGCUGGUUUCUGGCUCCAAGACAGGAGUCUUGGUGGUGGCCUGGGAAGAGGCCACUGGAACACUGAGGUCAAGGGUCUGAAGAGGAACAGGGAAGGACAGGGCAGGUCCACCUUGCCUUGCACCCCUCGAUCCUUCCACCUCAUAGAGGACCAUGGUAGGUGAAGGGGGUUGUGGGGGAAGGCAGGGAAUGCUGCUUAGCAGGCUGCUAAACAUGUCUCCUGAGGCUGGGGGCACAGUCUUCCUUCUUUCCAGCUAAUACCAGAUCUAGGCAUUUUCUAAGGGAAAGAGAGGGAGGGGUGGGUGUUGUCAAUGGUGGUACCUUCAGCCAGAGACAGAAGAUUUUUAAAGGCAAAAUUAUAUUUCUGGUUUGUUGUUUCAGAAGAACAAUAAAGACUGUAUUUUCCUACGUA